UUCCUUCAUGACUCAGCACUCCAAGAGACGCUCUAAAAGUAGUGAUGGCCGAAAUAUACCGCAUGCUCCGAURAAUUUUAAUGCUUCAMCUCAUCAAGACAACUCUGCGUUCGAAGGAAAAGGAGAGACAUCAGKAUCUAAAGGUCGAGGCAAAAAUUGGAGCGAUGCAGAGACGAGAUUUUUGCUCGAAAUAUGGYGUGAAAACUACCCGAUAAGCAAACGACGGAACAGCGGAGUCUGGGACUCCAUUGCARCACAACUCAACAAGGCCUUACUUGAUCAAGGACUGAACAGCUUCCGCACGGGAACGCAAUGUAAGACACGCAUGAAGCAUUUGGAAGACGAUUAUAAACGGGUGAAGGACCACAAUGGUCGUUCAGGUAACGACAGGGAAACGUUUGAGUACUAUGACGACCUAGAUGCAGUGUUGGGGUGUAAGCCUAAUAUCACUCCCAAGUGUGUGUUAGACURCGGGCUCGACGAUCAGUCUCCAUCCACCUCUUUUGUUAACUCACCUGACGAUAAAGAGAGUAAUGGCAGUGAUGAUGAUGAUGUUUUUGAUGGCGACGCACAUCGUAGUCCACUACAGGGGAAAACGCCUAGUACCCCUUCUACUCAGGGUAAGAGGUUGGCAGGAAAGGGAAAGCAGGCAGCAGGCAAAACACCAGCAAAGAAAGCUAAGAAGGAACCCGUACAUUCUGAUUAUUCAGAAUUAUUUGACUUUUUAAACCACAGCCAAGAAAAGGACCAUGAAUUUUUCCAAACAUUAGUAGAUAAAGAAAGUGAGAGGGAGCUGAAGAGUCAAAAACUCAUGUUUGACACUGUAAAAGAAAUWGCCAAAAUKUUCAAAGGCAACUAACUGGCUAGCUUGUUUUGAAUAUAUACUGAACUUCAUUAUCAUAAAAGCUAUUACAUUGACGUUACUGUUCACUAUAUAUACACGCCGAUAUUAUACAGUGAUAAAUAUAUAUCAUGCGUUGCUCGAUUUAUUACAAAUGAUUUUUCUAGACAAGACGUGAAUAUUUUAUAUCAUUCAAAUGUUUAUUGAUCGUUUAAAAAAUAUUAUUAUUGAUUAGAAAUGACAUAUUACAACUGCAAUGAAAGCUCUUUUGGAGAAUUUAAUAAAGUGUGUUUUUAAUGAUA